CUCGGUGACUUCUCCAUGCAACAUAUACCUGAUUACAGUGAGCUGGAAAUCUGUUCAAAUAUCUUUGGAUUCCCUCUUAUUUGUAAACUUUGUUUUGAAUUUUCAUCUUUCUACAAAAAUGCAAAAUCAUUUUUCAAGGAACCACUGUUUUAUCUCAGGUUAGAGCUAAAGCGUUUGCUUGAAGAGAGAAAUGACCGAUCGGCCAUUCUGGUUCUGAUGCUACUGUGUGAAGACAAAUUGGACCUGAGCAAGUUAGACAGUGAAGGUGAGGAUAAGGAAAUGGACAGCCUGGUCAAAACUGUUUUACAGAUGAUGUCUGACGCUACACGUUCAGGCAUGUACAAAGCAGCUAAAGGUUUGAGAGGUACAUUCUUCACAAGAGGAGACACUGUUGGCUUUGCUCAUUCUUCAAUCUAUGAUGCUUGUGCGUGUGCCUUGUACAAUAUCAGUCCAAUCUUUGUUUUGAAGCACUGCAGUGAUGACUUUCUGUUUGAAAGGGUACAAGGUGACAAGGUUGAAGAAACCAAAGUUGAUGAUCAUCUCCAUUUGAUAUAUGUCUCAGAGAAUUAUGAUGACCUACUUACCACAAGGUUUACACAGUCUAUUAAAAAAGGACGGUUUUCUAAAUCAGUGACACAUCCAAUUCUCAAACAAGACGCCACAGUUUUCAAGCUGCUCAAGAAACUUCACUGUGAUCGGACAAAACAUCUUUGGUUUCACAAGAAAGAGAAAGGACAAUGUCUUCUGUACUGGGCAGUUCUUGGACAUAAUGCACGUCUAUUUACAGAUAUAGAACACACAACUGGAGAAGAGUUCACUCAAGGAGAAAUCAGUGAGGCCAUGGAAGGAUGUGCACAAAGCAACAAAGUGACAGCAUUGAAAUGGCUGUUCAGCAGGAGUGAGAAACAUGACCAUCAGUUGACACUGAACAGACUUUUGUUGGUAGCUGCUGAAAGUGGCAGCUCUGACAUACUAGUGUAUCUGCUGCGGGAAGGGGCUGAUAUUAACACAAGAGACAAGGGAAUGCAAAACAUCUUCCAUCUUGUCUGUAAAUCAGGAAUGGAAAAAACCCUGGUAGUCCUGUUAACCAGGAAACCUGGGAAAAAUGUUAUAAACUCUGUUGAUGUGAAUGGCAGGACCCCUGUCAUGGUUGCAGCAGCUCUGGGAUCAGAGGGAUGUUUUAAGUUACUGCAGACAACAUCAAAUUUGAAAGUGAAAGAUAAACAUGGCAGCGGAAUUAUUCAUCUUGCCUGUCGUGGUGGGAACACUGCUAUAGUACAACAUGUCCUGUCUCCAUCUAACAUCAACAGCAGAGGGGUGCAUGGAUGGACAGCAGUAAUGGCGGCAGCUGUCACUGGACAUCAAAGUGUGUUUGACCUCCUUGUGUCCAACCAAGCUGACCUCACACUGGUGGAUACAUAUGGUGACAGUUUACUUCAUGUUGCCUGUCGUGGUGGGAACACUGCUAUAGUACAACAUGUCCUGUCUCCAUCUAACAUCAACAGCAGAGGGAUGCAUGGAUGGACACCAGUAAUGGCGGCAGCUGUCAAUGGACAUCAAAGUGUGUUUGACCUCCUUGUGUCCAACCAAGCUGACCUCACACUGGUGGAUACAGAUGGUGACAGUUUACUUCUUCUUGCCUGUCAGGGUGGAAACACUGAUAUAGUACAACAUGUCCUGCCUCCAUCUAACAUCAAUAGUACAGGCAGACAUGGAUGGACAGCAGUAAUGAAGGCAGCUGUCACUGGACAUCAAAGUGUGUAUGACCUCCUUGUGUCCAACCAAGCUGAACUCACACUGGUGUCUACAUCUGGUGACAGUUUACUUCAUCUUGCCUGUCAGGGUGGGAACACUGCUAUAGUACAACAUGUCCUGUCUCCAUCUGACAUCAACAGCAGAGGGAUGCAUGGAUGGACACCAGUAAUGAAGGCAGCUGUCAAUGGACAUCAAAGUGUGUAUGACCUCCUUGUGUCCAACCAAGCUAACCUCUCACUGGUGGAUACAUAUGGUGACAGUUUACUUCAUCUUGCCUGUCAGGGUGGGAACACUGCUAUAGUACAACGUGUCCUGUCUCCAUCUAACAUCAACAGCAGAGGGAGGCAAGGAUACACACCUGUGAUGAAAGCUGUAUUCCAAGGACAUCAAGAUGUGGUUGACCUCCUAGUGCAGCACAAAGCUGACCUCACACUUCUAACAGAGAAUAAUGACAUUGAAUGUGUAGCUCAGAUGGGAGGACAUAUUUCAAGAGUAUUGCUUAACAAUUGUUAAGUGGCUGUCAACAUUUGAACCUGUUG